AUGGUCCGCGAGAUGAUGUUAUUUCUCCGGGACAAAGCUGAGGAGAACAUUGUGUUCCUUAAGACAGCGUGCCAGGCUACCAGAGAGGAGUCGCCUGUCCCUUAA